CCCCAGUAGCAGAGAGCGAACCAACCGUUACUCGUCUGAUCCGGUCCCGCGCCCAAUCCGCCCUACCCACCAUCGGAUCACCGAGCAGAAACGAUGCUCCACACACCACACGCGGACACGCCCGCCCCGCCGCGAGCACUCCCGCCCCGGUCACCCCCGCCCGGUCGUCACCAUGGCCGCGCUCCUUCAGUCGUCUUUCCUCUUCCCUCACGCCACCUUCCCCAACCCCAAGCCCCACCACCUCGCCGCCGCCGCCGCCACGAGACCCGAGUCACCCAACGUGGCCCCCAAUCCCGCCAGCGCCCGCCUCCGCCGCCUCAUUGCCCGCGAGGACCUCGCCGGUGCCGCGCGCCUCGUCGAGCUCUCCGCCUCCCGCGACGGGGAGGCCCCCGACGUCUACCUCUGCACCAAGCUCAUCCGGAACCUCUGCCGCCGGGGCCGCACCUCCGACGCCGCCCGCGUGCUCCGCGCCGCCGAGGGCUCCGGCUCCCCCGUCGACGUCUUCGCCUACAACACCCUCGUAGCGGGGUACUGCCGCUACGGCCACCUCGACGCCGCGCGCAGGCUCAUCGGCUCCAUGCCCGUCGCGCCUGACGCCUACACGUACACGCCACUGAUCCGCGUGCUCUGCGACCGCGGCAGGGUCGCCGACGCGCUCAGCCUGCUCGACGAUAUGCUCCGCCGCGGGUGCCAACCAAACGUCGUCACCUACACUGUGCUCCUGGAGGCCAUGUGCAAGAACAGUGGGUUCGAGCAGGCCAUGGCAGUCCUCGACGAGAUGCGCGCCAAGGGAUGCACACCCAACAUUGUCACGUACAAUGUCAUCAUCAAUGGCAUGUGCAGGGAAGGCCGUGUUGAUGACGCAAGGGAUCUCUUGAACAGGUUGUUCUCUUACGGGUGCCAGCCUGACACUGUCAGCUAUACCACCCUCCUCAAGGGUUUGUGCGCUUCCAAGCGGUGGGAUGACGUUGAGGAACUAUUUGCUGAGAUGAUGGAGAAGAACUGCAUGCCAAACGAGGUGACGUUUGACAUGCUAAUCAGAUUCUUUUGCCGAGGAGGUAUGGUGGAGCGGGCUAUUCAAGUUCUUCAACAAAUGACGGAGCAUGAGUGCGCCACCAACACCACCUUGUGCAAUAUUGUCAUAAACUCAAUUUGCAAACAAGGCCGGGUUGACGAUGCCUUUAAGUUCUUAAACAACAUGGGUUCCUACGGGUGCAAUCCAGAUACCAUUAGCUAUACCACAGUCCUAAAGGGCUUGUGUCGUGCCGAACGAUGGAAUGAUGCCAAGGAACUUUUGAAAGAGAUGGUCCGGAAUAAUUGCCCCCCAAACGAGGUAACAUUCAAUACAUUUAUCUGCAUCUUGUGCCAAAAGGGGUUGAUCGAGCAAGCUAUUAUGCUUAUUGAACAAAUGCAAGAGCAUGGGUGUACAGUGGGUGUUGUCACAUACAAUGCUCUUGUCAAUGGAUUCUGUGUGCAGGGCCAUAUUGACAGUGCCUUAGAAUUGUUUCGCAGCAUGCCCUGCAAACCAAAUACCAUCACAUACACUACUUUGCUGACAGGCUUGUGCAACGCUGAACGGUUAGAUGCUGCUGCAGAGCUCGUAGCUGAAAUGCUUCAUAGGGAUUGCCCUCCAAAUGUAGUGACUUUCAAUGUACUUGUGAAUUUCUUUUGCCAAAAAGGAUUUCUGGACGAAGCAAUUGAACUCGUUGAGCAAAUGAUGGAACAUGGUUGCACACCCAACCUGAUCACAUAUAAUACAUUAUUUGAUGGGAUUACCAAGGAUUGCAGUUCAGAAGAUGCCCUGGAGUUGUUGCAUGGCUUGGUCAGCAAGGGAGUAUCGCCAGAUGUCAUUACAUUUUCUUCAAUCAUUGGUAUCCUCUCAAAGGAAGAUAGAGUUGAAGAGGCCAUUCAAAUGUUUCACUUAGCGCAAGAUAUCGGAAUGAGACCCAAAGCUUUGGUGUACAACAAGAUACUGCUUGGGCUAUGUAAAAGACAUGAAAUAGAUAAUGCUAUCGACUUUCUUGCCUAUAUGGUAUCCAACGGAUGCAUGCCCAAUGAGUCAACCUACAUUAUACUUAUCGAAGGCCUUGCUCGUGAAGGUUUGUUGAAGGAGGCCCAAGAUCUACUGAGCAUGUUGUGCUCAAGAGGAGUUGUAAGCAAGAACUUAAUAGAAGAGUAGCACUGAGUGAGUGGAUCGAUAGCCUCGUCUCCUUCAAGCUGCAGUGCUUCAUGUAGGUGGUUGUUUGAGGGCCCAUAACCUCCUAUGAAGGAAUCUUGACAAUGAACCUCAUUUAGAAGAGUCAAGACCAACGAGACGGAUCUGGAGUAAAGCACAAGAAGAAAAGCUCGGUGCUCCUAGAUUUCAUACUGUCGCAGUAACGAAUACAAUCAACAUUUUUUACCUGACACUUUUGAGUUUCGCUAACACAAUGACCUGUUAAACUGCAAGCAUUGUGCGUACAAUGAUUUCGGGUUUUCCUUUCAUGUGCAAUGGACAUUUGUGCGGUUGCUUUUUCGUUCAUUUAAGAAUCCAGAUACAACAUUCCUCACUGAAUCUUGUUUUUGCCCAGGUUUCUGUCUCUUAAAAUUGGCUUGUCAAAGAAUACUAUAGUUUAUAAUUUAAUAUUGUAUGGACGCCUUUUUUUGACUUUAUAAACAGGCUGGUGUGCUUUAUCAUCUUCAUCACCAAGAAUUUGUAUGCUGUAAGAUUUUUAGCUUCUUUUUUGUAGUUGUAGGUUUAUGCCAUUAUAUUUUAGGCCUCCUGAAACCUCAGAAUCUAGCACACAUGGUCACAUGCUAUAUCCUGAUUAGUCAAUUCUGGUAUCGGAUUUCUAACGUUAUUCUAUGUUUCAAUGGUUGAUUAUCGACUUUGGUGGAGACGUGAGAAGUGCGAUACUAAUCAACGAUCCAAGGUAUGCAACAAACCCAAUCAAAUCGUGAAGUCCAAGAACCUUUUCUGCAGGUUAGGUCAUUCAAGUAUGCAGUAACCUUCUAUCCUUCUAUAUCAGCGCAGCACUUAAAUUGGUUGGUAAACCAUUGAACUACAUAAGAUGCUGAGCAGAAGAAACAUCAUUCCUCAGAUGCUCAGAAAGUCAGAAUCAAAUGUCUGAUAUAGGAGGUGUUGGGGGCAUGGGUAUCAAUGGCUUAAUCCUCAGAUAAGCUGGGUUCUGGUCCCUCUGGAUGUACACCGGCUUUGACGAAGUUUUCAGUACUGUCUCAAGAAGAGUUACAAGCAUGGCAUGGCGCUGGAGACGGGUGGUAAGGGUGUCUGGAAUGGUAUUUGUUGGUUUUGUACAGAACUUGGUGGCUACAGAUUUUGUCUAGUGCACCAGUGGAAUGAAAAUUCACUUUCAUUUA